AUGGAAUUACGACAUUGUAAUCGUCUUGCUAUUUCAUUAGUUCGUCUAUCUAGACAACCGAAACUUUGUUAUUCUAUUCGAAAUUUUUCUUCUUCAUCAAGAUUAUUUCCAAUAAAUUCAUCUCAAAUUGUAUUCAAACGUUCUUUAUCAUGGCAAUUUUGGAAAUCAUCAACAACAAUUGAUCCAUGGCCUGCAAAUGUUACUCAGUCAACAUCGGAAUCUAUUACAAUUGCACCACCAACAAUACCUGAUAUUCCAAAAAUUGAAGCAGAUGAAUUUGGUUAUAUACCUGAACCACCAACUAUGCCAUCGGAUGUACCUAUUGAAUUUCUUUUAAAUGCUGCUGGUGAACCAGCUCUAUCAACACUUGAACUUGGUAAAUGGUAUUUACCAACUGGUUGGGUACAACAAGGUCUUGAUCUUAUUCAUGCUAAUGUUGGUUUACCAUGGUGGGGAACAAUUAUAGUCGGUACGUUUAUUAUUCGUAUGUGUACAACACCGAUUGCAAUUUAUAAUCAACGAAAUGCUGCACGAAUGCAAAUACAUAUGCCAAAAUUACAAGAAUUACAAGCAAAAUUACAAGAAGCACGUAUUCGAAAUGAUCAAUUAGCUAUCAUGAGAGCUGGUAGUGAUUUAAUGGAAUUUAUGAAAUAUUCUGAUAUUAAACCAUGGAAAGCAAUGCUUGGACCAUUUAUGCAGAUGCCUUUUUUCGUAUCACUUUUUCUUGGUAUUCGUGGUUUAGCUAAUUAUCCUCUUGAAAGUAUGAUGUAUGGAGGAGUACUAUGGUUUUCAGAUUUAACUGUACCUGAUCCUUAUUAUAUUCUACCAAUAUUUACUGCAAUUACAAUGUUUAUUACUAUGGAACUUGGUAUUGAAACGGGUAUGCGUACGGCAAAUUUAGGACCCAUGGCUCGAAAUGUAUUGCGUGCGAUUCCAUUUCUUUCAUUGUUUUUUACUGUGAAUUUUUCAUCGGCAUUAACACUUUAUUGGGCAAUUUCAAAUGUUAUAUCAUUAGCUCAAUCAGUUAUAUUACGUCAACCAUCUGUUCGACGAGCAUUAAAAUUACCAGCACCACCACCAAAAAGAAUAGAUACAAAAAUUAAAAAGAAAAAAGGUCUUGCUGGAUUUCGAGAAAAUUAUCGUAAUAGCAAAUUAUUAGCUGAAGUUGAAAAGCGAAAGCAAGCAGGAGAUGAUAUAUUUCGUCGUGCUGGUAUAAGUUCAGCUGUACCAACAUAUAAAUAUGAUCCAACGAAAGUUAAAGAAAACAAUCCACCACAAAUACGGAAAUCAUCUCAAUAA